UUGCCAUCCGUAAACUGUAGUUAACGGGGAUGUUGUUUCUAGAUAUUAUUUAUUUAUUUUUUAUGUGUACUCUUGAAUCUAAAUAUUUGUGAAAUUGUUUCCUGGUUUGUUCAGAAUUAUUCAUUUUGUCAUGUAUGUACAAGCGGGGCAGUUAAGUUGGCAAAGUAAAUUGAGGGAUUUUAUUUGUUUGAUUAAGAUUGAGCCGGAUUGAAGAACUUGCUGUGUGAAGAUGAAUGGAGUGCUGAGCAGAAGCACUGUAUCACUGCAGCACUAUGGAUUGUGCACUGUAAUUGAGUUGUGUAUUUCAGGGAGACAUUGAUUUUUUGUUUUGUUUUUUUUCCUUUUCCCCGUGGUGUCAUGAGGGAGUGAUGAGCUAAAUAAAUGACUUGGGUUCUGUGAUAUCUGAGCGUUGAUUCUAUCUUGGAAAUAAUAGCACUGCAUUGCUAAAAGGUUUUCUUGUUCGCUGUGGUCGGUCAUGUGGAGCUGCACAGAAACCUAAUCACCUCUCUCUUCAAAUACUGAAAUUAACACGACACUGUUGUUUUUUUUGUUUUUUGCCUCUAUUACCAUUUAAUAGAUACCAUGAUGAAGACUAAAAUAUUAGUAUUAUUAUUAUAUAGAUCUUUUGUUAUUAUUCUUUAAAACUUUGGGGAUGUAACCUAACUCGAAAUUGUUGUUUAAACUAUUGAGAGUAAUAACAAAGGAUUUUGCUUUUUGGACUGUUGAGGCUUGUUGAUUUAUGGGUCUGUGUUUUCAGAAGCGCUUGCUUGUUGACAUGCUCACUCACAGGGAGUUGUUCUCUGACACACUGGCAGGAACAAUAACAACAACAAAACACUGUUUGGACUUGUCUAUCGUCAUAGAGACAGCGCACAUCAACGUUUUGGGAGAGCGUAAAAAAAAAAAAAAAGCAGAAUUAUUGCCGUUAAUUGUCAGCCUGCUCAGAUCCGGAGCUGAAGGGUUGUUGUCGUUGCUGUGUUCUUUUUCAGUGAAGUGUGCAGUCUUUACAGAGGGCUCGCUCGAGGGCAUCAGACAACAUUUAUUAAUGUUGAAACCAGACCCAGCCAGCGUUCGAGCUCUCCGAUAGCUUGCGCCUGUACGCUCACCCAGAUAGUGUGGGAAAGCGUGUGCGUGAAGGUCAGCCGUUAUAUUUCACUCACAGCUGCGGAGAAAUAGUCUAGCGGCAUGUUUACUUGCAGCCAGCUUUACUGGAACCCCUUGUUUGUUUGACUUAUGGAGCUGUAAUUAAAAUGCAAUCUCCAGGUGCCUGUAUCGCUGGCCAUGAUGACCCCUCAGGUGAUCACGCCCCAGCAGAUGCAGCAGAUCCUUCAGCAGCAGGUCCUGAACCCCCAACAGCUCCAGCUGCUGUUACAGCAACAACAAGCUCUGAUGUUGCAGCAGCAACAGCUCCAGGAGUUCUACAAGAAGCAGCAGGAUGAACUUCGAAUGCAGCUCCUCCAACAGAAGCACACUGGCAAACCCAGCAAAGAGCAGCAGAUGCUUGCCCAGCAGAUGGCUGUUCAGCAGCAGCUCCUCUCUCUUCAACAGCAGCAUCUGCAGAGGCAAGGGCUGCUGACUCUCCCGGCCACAGCUCUCACCUCACUUCCCCAGAGUUUGAUUCCUGCAGAGCUGCAAAAGUUGUGGAAAGAUGUGACAGAGGUUCGAUCAGAGGAAAAGAGCAGCGGUGACAAAUCACCCUCUUCUUCUAAACCGCCCGUUCCUAACCAGCACCCCAGCACCAAUGGACACCACACACCCCGGCCAAUCAGGCGAGAGAGUUCACAGGAGGCUCAGAGCAAUCACCCUCUGUAUAGCCACGGUGUGUGUAAGUGGCCUGGCUGCGAGGCUGUGUUAGGAGACUUCCAGUCGUUCCUCAAGCAUUUAAACAGUGAGCAUGCACUGGAUGACAAGAGCACAGCACAGUGCAGAGUACAGAUGCAGGUUGUUCAACAGCUUGAACUCCAGCUAGCGAAAGACAAAGAACGUCUCCAGGCCAUGAUGGCCCACCUCCAUGUCAAAUCUACUGAGCCUAAACAAACUCCACAGCCAGUGAAUUUAGUUUCCAACCUCACACUGGCUAAGGCCACUGCUCCCAAGCCCACUCCUUCCAUGAGCCUUUCCCAAAGUGCCACAGCACCAUCAACACCACUCACACCACUCCCUCAGACUCCCAGUGUCAUCAUCCCCAGCAGCCUGCACACCGUGGGGCCCAUUCGCAAACGCUACUCUGACAAAUGCAACCUGGCUAUGGACCAAGACAUUGUACAGAAUAAGGAGUUCUAUUUGAGCACUGAGGUCAGACCCCCGUUUACAUAUGCAGCUUUGAUAAGGCAGGCGAUUUUUGAGUCCCCCGAAAAGCAGCUAACACUAAAUGAAAUCUACAACUGGUUCACUCGAACCUUUGCAUAUUUCAGACGCAAUGCAGCAACAUGGAAGAACGCAGUACGACAUAACCUCAGUCUCCACAAGUGCUUUGUGAGAGUGGAGAAUGUGAAAGGGGCUGUUUGGACUGUGGAUGAAAUGGAGUUUCAAAAGAGAAGACCUCAGAAGAUCACUGGAUCACCCUCUCUGGUGAAGAAUAUCCAGUCAAGUCUUGGUCAGAGUCCUGCUUUGUCUGCUCUUCAAGCUGUGAUGGCGGACAGCAGCUUGCCACUGUAUGGUUCUGCAUCUGUAGGAGUCUCCAGUCUCAAGACUCUGGUCAGCGUAAUGCAUGAAGGUUUGAGUGCCCCGGAUCAUGAUGAUGACUCCCAAAGUGACUCCAGCCUCGAUCUGUCUCCUAUGUCUGCUCUACAACAUGCUGGAUUUAAAGGGCAGCAGAUGGAGAGGGAGUAUUUGGAAAGCUCCAUGUCUCCAGAGAUGGGAGAUGGACACAGCCCUGAUCUCGAUCACGACGCAGAUUACCCUGAAGAGCACGAGCCACAAACUGCUCGUCCCACCGCUUUUUCUUGAAGAUCAGCCAUUCCACAGCCACCUAACCAGCUAAUCAGUGUACCAGCAGACUCGCAGAAUGUCCACAAUUUCCACUUGGGAACAAACUAUUUAUUCAUGGAGCGACCUGUCAUUUGUUUUGUAUGCAGGGGACUGACCUCGACGGUACUAAAGGGCUCCUCUGUGUCGAGCUCCUACACGUAACUGUUAGCCCAUAAACUAGCAGCGAGGAUGUUCAGGGCGGGUCAGUUACUGUUUGUGUCUCGAGUCUAAAGAAGCACUACACACUACCUAGAUGCAGAACCUAAUCACUGUAAUCAGGUGAUUUAUGUUAAGAUUAUCGCAAAUACUAUUUUUGACACUAGAAGCACCUAGGACCAGUCUUUUUCUUCGGUUUUGAUGUAUGUGUAGGAACUCUGGGAACUUAAAUUCACCCUGCGUACGAGUCUUCUCACAUCUGCUCAACUGUUUUUAAUCGCCACUGCCUCAAAACCAUGCGGUUAGUCACCAUAUUGAGUCACAUUUGACCUAAAGUAUGUGCCUGCCCAUUUAUUAUAAGUCUGCUCACUGAAAUCGUGAAUGUCUUUUGAACUUUUUUUUCUUUUGCUAGUAGAACCAAAACCAAAGGGGGAACAUUUUUAUAACCAGCACUUGAUGAAUUAUUAUAAAAAAAUUUUUAAUUAGAUUUUUUUUCUUUUUUUUUUCUUUUUCAUUUGUCCGUUUCCUCUUGUUUGUAUAGAAUGUUAUGAUCUAAAAUGUUGUAGAAACUCCCCAAAACACUGGCCGAAAUGUUCGAACUGUUGCUGGGGUUACAGUGAUUUUAAAGUGAACGUCGCUGUAUUUGUGUGGGACGGAAUUUUCGGCUAGACUUUUUCGGUAGGUGUAAUUCCCCUGCUAUAAACAUCAACCAGUUACCAAAGAUUGUAAAUCGCCUUUUAUGAUAUGUACUUUGUUUACACGGUCCUUUUUGAUAUAUAUAUAUAAAUACAUAUAUAUAUCCGCAACUGAAAUGUUUUGCCUUACAGCUAAAGUCGAGACUCGGUGGACUGUACUGAGUGUCCUUAACGUUGCAUGGAAUGUGUAAUGUUUAUACCUGAUUGGACAUAAAGUAUGAAAAUGUGUAAAAA